GUCCUCUGUAUUCCCAGGACUGUCCAGAGGAGAAGGUCCCAGAGAACUCUCAGAUGACAAAUCAUCGGGAACAUCUGACUAUUAUUAAAGUGGAGGAUGAAGAAGAGUGGAUGAUGGGUCAACCCCUGUGUAAGAGUGAAGUGGAGGAGGACAUUCCAGGAGAUGUUACCAAAGAAAAUCCCAGUAAGAAUUCUGAGGGAAACUUCAUGUUAUCAUUGAAUUAUAAAGCAGAGGAUGAAGAUAUCUUACAGCGCUGUUCAGGAGAAACCUUUAAUGUACAUCCAGGACUUCGCAGUUCAGAUCUGUCCUAUAAGCCUCCUAAUUAUGAGGAAACUUUUCCUGACCCGUCACAGAUUGUUACCGCAAGUACAGGUCAGAAAGAAGACAGAAGAAUUAACUCAGUGGAGAAACCAUAUUCCUGUUCAGAAUGUGGGAAAUGCUUUAUAAAGAAAUCAAGUCUUGGUAAGCAUAAGAGGCUUCACACAGGAGAGAAGCUGUGCUCGUGUUCCGAAUGUGGGAGAUGUUUUACAAAUAGAUCACAUCUUAUUAUACAUGAGAGACGUCACACAGGAGAGAAGCCAUAUUCAUGUAAAGAAUGUGGGAGAUGUUUUACAGAGAAAUCAAGUCUUGUUAAACAUGAGAGACGUCACACAGGAGAGAAACCAUAUUCAUGUUCAGUAUGUGGGAAAUGUUUUGUAGAUAAAUCAAGUCUUGUUCCACAUGAGAGAAGUCACACAGGAGAGAAGCCGUAUGCAUGUUCAGUAUGUGGGAAAUGUUUUACAGAUAAAUCAAGUUGUGGUAAACAUGAGAAAAUUCAUACUGGAGAGAUUUAUUCAUGUUCUCAAUGUGGGAAAUGUUUUGCGUAUAAAUCAAGUCUUGUUACACAUGAGAGAAGUCACACAGGAGAGAAGCCAUUUUCAUGCCCAGAAUGUGGGAAAUGUUUUAGAAAUAAAUCACAUCUUGCUCAACAUGAGAGACGUCACACAGGAGAGAAGCCACAUCCAUGUUCAGAAUGUGGAAAACGUUUUAAAGAAAAAUCACAUCUUGUUAAACAUGUGAAAAUUCACACAGGUGAGAAGCCAUUUUUAUGUUUAAAAUGUGGAAAAGGUUUUAUAGAAAAAUCAUAUCUUGUUAGACAUGAGAGAACUCACACAGGAGAGAAGUAAGUUUCAUGACUGAGAAAUGUUUUACUACUAAAGCCAAACUUAAGAAGCAUCAGAGAAGUCACACAGGAGAAUAGCCUUUUUGACGGUUUAUAUGUGGAAAAUAUUUUGGAAGAAAAUCAAGAACUGAAAAUCAUCAGACCAGAAAAAAACUAUAUUAUUUUUUGGAAUAUGGGAAAUGCUAUAAGAGUGAAGAAGAAUUUUAUACCCAUUUUAUUCAGACACGAAAAUAUUAGGGCUGCAUGACAAUAUGUGUUGGGUACAGCGAGUCUCUAGUCAUGCAAUUUGUCUGUAACUUGCUGUGGAGAUAUUGAGCUGAGGUUUGGAUGUUAAAAAAAAGCGUCCCCAUUGUUACAAACAUAGAUUUUUAUUUUUAUUUGGCUCAUAUUAUUGUCUACUAUUGUCACCAUCUAGAACCAUAGCCUGCAAACUCAGAAACUGCUACCAGUCUUCUUUAAUAAGUCUGAUUGGUAAGCUACCCCAAGGUUCCUCACCAGAGCCUGCCACAAGGCGGAUGGAUGGACUCGGCUGCUGGGGCCCAGGUUAUACCUGUUGAGUAAGGUAGCAGAAAACUGUUGCGAGCAUGCCUACCAGAAUGACCAGGAGGUGUAAAGAGUAGUCGACAAUGAGGGUUAAUUGAGAAAACAAGCCACAGUCAGAGUGUAACUAAAACUGCUCCUUCCUGUUCAAGUGAAUGGGGUGGAGGAUCUGUAAUUACACCUACCCACCACUGCAAUGCUGACGGUGAGCGGAUAAUCAAUGAACAGAAGAGGUAGAAGCACUGCAUUCUCCUCUAGACUCUAGAACUGAGUGAUAUAUCGGUGGUGGGAAUCGCUUGUGAUGUCACAUCUGUUAAUUAACCCCUGAAUAAUGCCAACAUGACUUCAGUGACAAAGUGAUGCUCAUAUAUGUGUUUCAUAUGUAUCCUCCUCCUUCUUUAUUACCCGCAGAACAUGAAUGGAGACAUGAGGAUGAAUUAUUAGUAUCUUAUGUCUCAGAUAAUUACUGGCCAGUAAGUUGCCCACUCAUUUGGGUUCUGCUUCUGGAAAACAAAUAGACUUCAUGAAUUUUACUAAUUUUACCGCCAAACAUUUUAUUAGACUUAUUGAAUAUAAAAUCGAACCCCGGGUCUGGGUAAUAAUAGAAUGUAUACCGUAAACAAACAAUAUCUCUGGGUGAUUUAACAUUUUUAUUUCAGAUUAUACAUUUGGAUUUAAAGGUCCAUUAAUACUACAUGUGUUUCCUAUAUUCAUGCUUAAUCUUCAAAGGGUUAAUGGUUAAAUCUGCAGAGGUAUGCCCCAAGGAAGAGAACCAUCUCGGCAAUGCCACCUAGUUGAAGUGGCUCCCUAUGAGUCAAAAUCUGACUUUCCUUGGAAUUUGACAAGGGAGUAUAGCCAGGUCAGAUAUCCAUCCGUAGACAGCUGUUUUGGAAAGGUUAUAUGUAAUCCAGAAGUUAUAACUGAAAUUGUUAUCCUUUUUAUCUCCAUUUAAGAGGUUUCCCUGGGACAAGUUUUCUACUCUGUUAUGGGCUUUUUGAACAUGAUUGGUUGGAUAACCUUUCCGAUUAAAUCUAUGUAUUAAUAUCUGACUUUGUACUGUAAAGUCACUGUCUAAUGUGCAAUUUAUUCCUAUCCUUUUAAAUUGACUAAACGGAAUUGACAUUCAAUUUUUUGUAAUGGGUACUGGUAAAAUCCAGAUAACUUCCCCGUGUGAAGAAGAUGUGUGUAAUAAUUCUGUCCUCAUGUGAUAAUUCCAGGUCUAAAUAUUCAGUUUUUGCUUGUUGUGGGUCCCAGUGAUCAUGAGGUUCAACUCAUUAGUAUUCAAAAAGGAAACUUCUUCAGCUCCUCCUAACUGCCACCCCAAAUAAAUAUUAAGUCAUCUAUGUAACGUCAGUAUAUAAUUGUAUUACCAUUUGUGUUGAGAGUAGAUGUAUUGUUCUUCAAAUAUGCCCAUAUAUACAAAUUGCCAAAGCUAGGGGCAAAUCUAAUGCCCACUGCAGUGCCCUGAAUUAGUGUAUAUAAUUUUGCCAAUAUAAACUCCUUUUGGGCUUCUGAUAUGGUUGGAUCUCUACUUAGGUAUUCAUAUACACUUUCAAGGCCCGGUAUGUCGUCAGGUAUGUUGGUAUACAGAGCAGACCGAUCAAGGGUGAACCAUAAAUGAGUAUUCUUCCAUUUUAUACUGUACAGUCGAUACAGUAUAUAAGAGACGAUAUGUCAGAUAAGAUUUCAAACUGAGAAUGCAAUGGGAUAAAUUGCAGGUCAGUGACGAAAUACCUGAGAUAAUGGACCUCCCUGGGGUAGUUUACAAAACUCUUGUGGACCUUUGGCAGAUGGUAAAACGUUGCAAUGACUGUUCUUUAGUAGAAAUAUAUUCUUUCUCUUU